AUGAUGAAAUCAUCAGAGUCUCCGUCGUCUCUUCCUCCUCCUCGGUCGUUAAUGUCGUUACCGCACGACGUGGUUUUAAACUGUGUGGCUCGUAUCACAAGAUCCCAUCAUCCAGUUCUAUCUCUCGUCUCCAAGAGUUUCCGAUCACUCGUUGCUUCCCCUGAGCUCGAGGCCACACGUUCCCUCAUUGGAAACCCCGAGAAGUUACUCUACGUCUGCUUACGCCUGAAAAACAACCCUAGCUGGUUCGUACUUUCCCAAGAUCCCAAACGGAAACUUAUACCAAUCCCUUCGUAUCCUAACUUCCCUAACCAACAUCCCGAUUCCUCAACUGUCGUCUCAGUUGGUUCAGAGAUUUACUUAAUCGGCGGAUUCGUGAAGGGAAAGAGAAAAAGAAGCAGGAGAGUGUUUCUUCUCGAUUGUAAAUCUCAUCAAUGGCGUCAGCUCCCCAAGAUGCGUGUCUCUCGGAAAGAUGCAGCCGCUGUGGUAAAGGAUGGCAAGAUCUAUGUGAAUGGAGGGUGCAGCGACAGGCGGUACAAGGACACUGAGAGUUAUGGAGAAGUUUACGACUCAAAGACACGAACAUGGGAGCCCACGGAGAUGGAACGACGAAGUUAUCUCAUUAAAACGGCGUUUGGUUUGUGUUCGAUUGUUUGCUUGGUAAAUUCAGAGAAUUACGCUAUCUUUACCAUGGACCAUCCGCCAUGGUGCUUUACAAGGGUUCUCAAUGGAGAACUAUGGUGCGGUGGUUCAGUCUUUUGGUAUAGGGUUUCAGGACUUGAAGAACUGUCCUCUAACUAUCUUAUUUCGGUGGCAAACCCUAGCGGAGGAAGUAGAGUCACUGUUUGGUGGAAGAAUACUAAGGAAUGUAGAACAGAGAUUUGGUGUGCUGAGAUUUUGAUUGAGAGUCUUCCUGGUAGAAAAUUUCGAGGAACAGUAGAAUGGUCUGAGAAUGUGUUUACGUUUCAAGGAUGUGAAUCUGGUGAUGGUGAUCCCGUACUCCUUUUGCACUCUGCUUUAGUGAAUUUUGUUUGA